AUGGGUAUGCGUAGACAUCUUCAAUUUUUUGCUCGAACAGUUAUGGUUCAAAAUAAUAAUAUAGAGAAAGCUGCUCGUAUAUUGAACAAUAUAUUAUCAAAAGAAGGUAUUUUUCAGCAAUAUAGAUAUACAAGAUACUAUGAAAAACCUACUCAAACAAGAAGAAGAAUUAAUUAUGAAAAGUGUAAAGCAAUUUAUUCUGAAGACAUGAAUAGAAAAAUUAAUUUCAUUUUAAGAAAAAAUAGAGAAGAUCCAUUUCCUGGCAGUUCAUAAAACAUUUAUUAAUUUUGAUAUUAUUUAUAAGUCAAUAUAUAGAUGAUAUUAUAAUAUUUUUAUUAUAUUACCCAUAUACAUAAGUAAUUAGAACAUAUUCAAUAAAUUAUAAAAUUUAAUUAAGUUAGUCUAUUGAGUAAUGUACAAAUUAAAAAUAUGCAUAAUAUAAUA